GACUCAAACCAAACAAAAUCAUGCUGCAUCUCAAUAUGCUAGCUAAAGACUUCAGACUUCAAUUAAUGAUUUAAAAACGUUAUUUAGACUCCCAGGGGUGAUGCGUUUAAUCAGCUUUUGCGAUGUUUCGUGGCUAACGCAGCUGGUUAGCUAAAUUAAUGCUCUUCUGUUGUGUCUUCUAAUUUGUGACUGUUUGGAGACAGACAUACAGUGCUAAAGAUGCCCCAAGCAGCGGCUACCAUCAGUGGGAUCCAGAGGAUGGUUCUGUAUGAAACCAGAGCUAGGUAUUUUUUGGUGGGGAGCAAUCAGGCACAGACCAAACACAGAGUCCUGAAGAUUGACCGCACAGAACCCAAGGACCUGGUCAUAAUUGACGAUAAGCAUGUGUACAGUCAGCAAGAGGUGCGGGAGUUGUUGGGCCGCCUGGACUUGGGAAACCGCACCAAGAUUGGCCAAAAGGGUUCCUCAGGCUUGUCUAGGGCUGUCUCAGCCUGCGGCAUUGUGGGGUUUGUACGUUUCCUGGAGGGGUACUACAUUGUGUUGAUCACCAAACGCAGAAAGAUGGCUGACAUCGGGGGCCACUCCAUCUACAAAAUUGAAGACACCAGCAUGAUCUACAUUCCAAACGACUCGGUCAGGGUUACACACCCUGACGAAGCAAGAUAUGUGCGGAUCUUUCAGAACGUGGACCUAUCUAGCAACUUCUACUUCAGCUACAGCUAUGACCUGAGCCACUCGCUGCAGUACAACUUGACUCUGCUGCAACGACCUUAUGAACUGUGGUCGUCUCCAAAUGCCUCCGCCGCGGAAGAGGUGCAUGCGCAGAGUAAGCAGGACAGCUUCGACAUUUUUGAAGAAGAGGGUCUGCCGACGCAAGUGGUUUAUGGCCUCCAGAACGAACCGUACUACAAGUACGUGUGGAACGGGAAGCUGCUGGAACGAGUCAAGGACAUUGUGCAUCAUGACUGGCUCAUGUAUAUAAUCCAUGGCUUUUGUGGCCAGUCCAAGCUUCUAAUCUACGGCCGACCAGUUCACAUCACCCUCAUUGCCAGGCGCUCCAGCAAAUUCGCCGGGACCCGCUUCCUCAAAAGAGGAGCCAACUGCGAGGGGGAUGUGGCGAAUGAGGUAGAGACAGAGCAGAUUGUCCAUGACGCCUCAGUUAUGUCUUUCACGGCAGGAAGUUACUCCUCGUACGUCCAGGUGCGAGGUUCAGUCCCGCUGUACUGGUCCCAGGACAUUUCCACCAUGAUGCCAAAACCCCCAAUACGAUUGGACCAGGCUGACCCGUAUGCCCACGUAGCUGCCCUCCAUUUUGACCAGAUGCUUCAGCGGUUUGGCUCUCCUAUCAUCAUCCUCAACCUGGUCAAGAAACGAGAAAAGAGGAAACACGAGAAGAUUCUGAGUGAGGAGCUCUACCCAGCUGUGAUCAACCUCAAUCAGUUCCUCCCUCCAGAAAACUGCAUCGACUACAUCGCCUGGGACAUGGCCCGCUACACCAAGAGUAAGUUGUGCAACGUCCUGGACCGUCUGAGUAUGAUCGCAGAGAAUGUGGUUAAGCGAACAGGUUUCUUCAUUAAUCGCUCCGACUUCUACUGUCACACCAUCAGACCAGAUGACAGGUGGGGAGAUUUAGGUGGACACAUUGCAGUCAGUGGACGGGUGCAGACUGGUGUGUUGCGAACCAACUGUGUGGACUGUCUGGACCGGACCAACACCGCCCAGUUCAUGGUGGGGAAGUGUGCGCUGGCCUAUCAGCUCUAUGCACUGGGAAUGAUCGACAAGCCCAAACUCCAGUUUGAUACUGACUGUGUAAGGUUGUUUGAGGAGCUGUACGAGGACCACGGAGACACUUUGUCGCUGCAGUACGGUGGCUCCCAGCUGGUCCACAGGGUCAAGACCUAUCGCAAGAUCGCCCCCUGGACACAACACUCCAAAGACAUCAUGCAGACACUGUCACGGUACUACAGCAACGCUUUCUCAGAUGCUGACAGACAGGAUGCCAUCAACUUGUUUCUCCAGGUCUACCAGCCAUCAGAGUCUAAGCCACACCUGUGGGAGCUGCCCACUGACUUCUACCUGCAUCAGAGGAACACCAUGGCCCUCCCCCAAGACAGACGCAGCUACACACUGUGGUGGUCAGCAGGAAUCUUGUCCUACCUUCCGGUGGCCUACGAUGAAGUCCCCUGUGAGGAAACCAUGAGGAAGGUCAAAGUGAAGAGAGUGAACCGCUUUGAAGAAAGUAUUGACAUCUACACAGAAUUCUUCAAACCUUAUGAGCUCACCUCAUUUGAUGACACUUUCUGCAUCGCCAUGACCAAUUCUGCAAGGGAAUUUAUGCCCAAGACUGUAGGAGUGGAUCCCAGCCCGUUCACAGUUCGGAAGCCAGAGGAAACAGGAAAGUCAGUGCUGGGCAACAAGAGCAGUAAAGAGGAGACACUGCUGCAGAGGAAGACUGCCGCCAGUGCACCUCCUCCCCCGAGUGAAGAGGCCAUCAGCAGCACAUCAGAGGACGACUCAGAGGACGACCGCGAUGACGAUGGAUCUGUGUCCCAGCGCUCCACCCCGAUCAAACUGCUAACGGAGUCUGGCGAGAGCACUCGCACACAGGAGGAGAUCCAGCAGCAGCAGUCGGUUAAGGAGCCCUAUGGACUCCAUUUGGCUGAGUUUCCUGAUGAGAAAGACCUACACAUUUAUGAAAGGUUUGCACAUCUGGGCGAGAGCCAGCACAGGGUGGAAAGAACCGAACGCAUAAACCUCGCAAACAUCAUCUGCUUAGAGCCAGUGUCCUGCUUCCCUGAGGACAGCAUCUAUGCCGCCUCUCCCCCGCAGGUCGACAGAGACAGCCGCGAUGAGUUUGAGAGCCAUGUGAUGACGGGUCAGGGCCAGGUGAGGGUGCUGUGCAGGGAGGACGUGCUGAUGUACAGGGAAUACGUCAAGAACAGAUACAUGUGAGACACAGAAGACAGGGACUAGAUCUCUGUUACCCAUAUAUGCAAAUCCAGAUUAUCAGAACCAGUCCAUUACAAAAUCCCAUCUUGACCUGACUUUUAAGAUUUUAUUUUAUUUUUUGAUGCAAGAUAUUGUCUUGCAUGUGUAAAUCCAUUUCGCUUCAACCUGAUUUUUUUCUGCUCAGAGUGGACAGUUCAUGACAAUGAUAACAGCCCAUGUACAACCCAUGUGUCCUGUAUUUGGACUUAAAUACGUGGGUUAAUUUUUCCUUUUAAUCAGUCAGUUUGGUUUAAUGUCAGUUAUGUCUGCUCACAAUGCCUCACUAGGAUGCCUUAAUAGUGCUUUUUAUUUGUUGUUUGUCUUGUUUUCAAUUAAAUUUUAAUUGCAACUAUUUUAAGAAUGUUCAUUUAACAAUAUGUAUGUUAGGAAUGUGUAAAUAAAUGUUAAUUGCUUUGACUUUUAAAAGGAAAUCCCUUUAUUAUUUUUUUUUUACUUGGGCCCAAUUUUCCCAUGUUUGUGGUUCUCAGUGACUAAUGGAAAAAAGGAUAUUUAAACGCACAUCAUAUAGGUGCAAAGCUUUCAAAAAACCUUUAAUGAGGACAAAAGGUAACGCCGCAACACUUACUACACACCACACAAGUUUAUUAGAGACAACGUUUCAAUCCCACGUGGAUCUUUGUCAUGUCAAAUGUUUGAUGAAACCACACCUAUAUUUAUGCAUAAUGCGCACCAGUAGGCUGACCAGCUCUAUGGUUGCAGUUGUGGUUAACAGUCUGAACCAUUCAGGGUAGUUAAACAAUGGACAAUCAACAGUUAAAUAGAUUAUUUAGUAAAUACAUUGAUUGAAUGCAUCCUUCAAUGUAUUUUACUAUGUAAUCUACGGAAACCAGAGCAGCAUUAGCUUCCUGGUUGACCUACAGAAAAACAUCAUCCCUGGGGAACUCUAUUCGCUUUAGGAUUAUGCUGCAGAUGUAAAAAACAAAAAACAAAACUCCAUCAGUCACUUAAACACACACAAAAAUGGGAGAAUAUGGUCCAACUUGAAAAAUACAUGUUUCCCUUUAAAUAUUUUGAGUGUUAAAUGCUGGAACCAAUAAUGUGUUGGCGGGUACAAAGAUAACUAUGAAGGAUUCUUUAAAUUCCACCUCAGAUGUGCUUUAAGUUUAGAUUUUUUUUUUUUUAUUCUUUGUGUUAAACCAUCAUGCCAUGACUUUGUUUUUUUUCAAUUCUCACAAAAACUAUAUGGAACAGCAGUCUUACAUAAUGUAAGUCAUACAUGUAUUGUAAAUAUAUAUCUGGGUCUGCAAACAAAAUAUUUCACUUUGACUUUCUUAAUUUACAAAAGUGCACACUGAUUUUGUUUUGUAUAAAGAUAUAUCUGAUGUCA